CAUUGCAAGCUGCGUUUCAUUCACUGUGAAGACGUCAAUCAUGGCACCACUUCCUAGGAACAACGCUUUUGGUGCGGGUAGUCCUAGUUGGAACCUCUCGUUCCCAUCUGGUAAUAUGACGGCGGCAGAGAUUUUAGCCUACCUCCCUCACUGGCUUAAGUCUGUCGACAUCAUUGAUCGUUUCGUCACCAACGGUGGUGCCUCUCGUACUAUUGCUGCCAUGAUCAAUGAGUUUCGGCAUCAGCCCACUGGCCCAGAUGCUGUGUUUCUCCCGAACUCGGCGCAGAUCAUGAUGUCCUAUGCUAUGCGCCGGGCAGGCUACGACGAGUGGACGGUGGGUACGCACGGAAACUGGGAUCGCGAGAGUGAAAAUGACCCAGAGGAUUUAAGUGUGACAAACUUUAGGCCUCAGCGUCUCACUCACCCAAAGAAGGUGUCGAACAAGAACCCAAAGGACAUUCUACGCAACAAAGAGGCGGAUCCAAUUCCAUUCAAGGACCUGGCCCAUCAUGUUAAGCAGCACCCUUCAGGUCCCGACGCACUUGACCUUACUCGCUGCGUACGUUACGCUCUCGCUUACCCGCACGAACAAUUGUUCUUUCCUACGGACUUCGAGCGCCUGGUGAAUGAGCUUGGCGGCCCGCAAACGCCCACUCACUCUCACCUAGACAGACAGGUGUUCGCUCGUCGCAGUGACUGCCAGUUCCCGUCUCCAGUCAAGUCAACAACACGAAAGCUCAACAGAACCUCCCAAGGCAAGAAGACACCUCUCAGUAAAGUUAUGAGUUUGGCUCGAGGUGGUACGACGGCUGAUCCAGCAACGCCUGGUACCGUCACUCCGAGUAAACACGCUCUCGAUGUUGCGGAUCAGACUCAAAAUGGCAAUAAGAGAAGGAGCGGCAGACUCGUGGGUAAGGUGUUCAACAUGCGCGAGGGAUCAGAUGAUCCAGAUGCCACGGACAAAGACAACUGGGACUCCCCAUACUCAACCCAUGCAUCUUCCAUAAAGAAAAGAAAAGUUUCACGUGUUCCACCUACGCCUGGCUCGCCUGCCAAUGACAGUGACUUUGUCCUGCACGAGGCGUCCGAAUCUGAGGACGAAGUUGCAGAAGCUGAAGCUGUCAUGGACGACGUUGCAAACUCGCCGAUACCCGCUCGUGGUCGCAUCGCUGCUCGCAAGGCCCGCCAGAAAAUCCAUACGCUCGCAACUACCCCAAGAGUCCCAACCCCAGUGAAUCCUAAGUCUCAUUUCAAGACUGCUACUGAGCCCAGCGCAGAGAUGAUGCAUGAAGCCCGUCAGUUCGCCUACAGACAGCCGAUCUUCCUCAAGCCCCCCAUCCUUUCUGAGAACCGUCUCAAAGUUGACGCAUCAAGCAUCUGGCUCUACGCCGCAGAUGGCUGCACCACUUUCGAAGAACUUUGGGCCUCCGCUCUAUCGUCGACUCGCUUUGGUGGUCCGCGCCGUCACGCCCCGUUCCGCGAGCUUCAUCGUCUUACAGACCCGCAUCCACACGAUGUGAGUGAUUGGGCAGAGAACAUCCGCUGGGCAAAGGAGCAGUACAAGUGCUUUGGCAGCGUGACGUGGACUGAGUAUGACUAUCACCUGGAGUGUAUCAAGGAACAUCGUCGGGCCGUGAUGUGGGUCAGCGAGAAUGUCAUCAGGUUUGGCAUGUAAGUUGGGACAAAGUUUAGAGGAUGGAAGAGACAUGAAGCCCUCGGCGGUUUAGUUUGCUGCCCUGGAUCCUCCCAUCGUGCCAUUGAAUAGCACGGCUCUGGGGGUAUUGGUCACUACAACAUCAGUCUGCACCUUUUCUCAUGGCGUUGUUUCUCGAGAGACCGCCGAACUACCUAUGGCAUCUAAUAGUGAGCAUGAGAAAGCAAUAUCUAAAUAUGAC